GCGGAGAAGCGGUGGCGCCACUCGCUCCAGGAGCCCGGCGAGGAACUAAUCGACUUUGAGCUCGCCGACGAUCGAGUCCGCCGGGUGGAUCUGUACGCGUUGUGUGGUGUCGACGGCUUCCGCUUCCUUCGCUGCCCGUUCUUCUCGCCAGAGGAGGAGCUCCGCUGGAGCCACGCCGCCCUCGCCGCAUGGACGGAGCCCGAGGCGAGCGAGUCCAACCUCGACCUGACGCACGCCGGCGAGCGGGGCGCGCUGUGGGCGCAGCACGAGGCGGCGCCGUCCUCGUCGGCGCUGCGGCACCUGAGCUGGGUCACGCUCGGCUACCACUACCAGUGGAGCGAGAGGCGGUACGAUGAGGCGAGGCGCUCCCCCUUCCCGCCGGCGCUCGGCGCGCUAGGCGCGGACCUCGGCCGCGCCGUCGGCCAGCCGCUGCGUCCCGAGGCUGCGAUCGUCAACUACUACGCGCCUCGCUCCUCGAUGGGAGGGCAUUGCGACGACGCCGAGCCGUGCCAGGACGCGCCGAUCGCCUCUCCGCCACCUUCCUGCUCGGAGGGCCCUCCCGACACGCCGCGCCGCUGGCGAUGCGGGUCCCGCUCGGGCGACGUGGUGGUGCAGGGCGGCGCCUCGCGCGGCUGCUACCACGGUGUCGCGCGCGUCCUGCGAGGCACCGCGCCCGCUCGCUUGCGCGAGGCGGCCAGCGCCGGCGGCGGCGGCGGAGGCGGCGACGACUUGCGGGGCGUGGCAGAGUGGCUCGAGCGCGGCCGUAUCAACAUCAACGACGAGGAUCCGGAUGCAGCGGCGGCAGUGUUGGCCGGCGGCCGCCGGUGUCGGGACGAUGGGUGA